CUUAACUUGAUAGAGUUUUUGAACUCCAGACGUCUCAGACUCUCACGAUACAGCGUUCGUUUAGUUUGCAUACUACUAGGUGAUUAUUUUGCUAAAACCUUAGCAAAAUAUCACAAUAAUCGGAUUCUGAGAUCUGGGUCUAGCUAGACUCUAAAAAGGUUUCUCUUUUAUCUCAUGUCAAAUAAGGAGUUUUGGCUUUUAAGAUAGUUCGAUUGGGUUAUUCGGAGUUUGGUUUCAAAACGUCCCCAACGCACGCAGCAAACACCUUCCUUAUUUACGGAUAUAUGGAUUUGAAUCAAUCUAUGCUGCUCCUGAGUUCUUGGAUUGGUCAAAUCGGUGGUUUUGGUCUUGAUUUGCUAUGGCGUUUCAUACACCUUGUUGUGAGCUUAUGGUACAUUGUCUCUGGCAUCAUUGAGGCUGUGGAAAGCUAUGCUAUAUCGUUAGGGUUGAAUAAAAAGUACAGUUCCAUCAAUAUUGCGAAACUCCGGUGUCUAGCUGUUGUAGUGGAUAUCGAAGAAGCUCGAGAUGUUACCAAGGUUAUUGAGCUUUUGCAAUGGCUAAGAACCAUUGGGGUGAAACAAGUUGGUCUAUUUGACUCGCAAGGUUUAUUAAAGAAAUCCAAGGAUUUGAUUCUUGGAACCAUCCCAGGUUCAAUGUUGUCAGAGGAGAUUGCUGAAAAGGAUUUUUCGCCUGACCAAAAUCGCUUGGCAUUAGAGUUCAUUUCAUCUUCUGACAAUAAAGAAGCUGUUAUGAAAGCAGCCAACAUACUUCUUCAGAGAUACCUGACAUCCAGCCAUCCCGAGAACGAUAAAGGGGAAAACUUUUUUACAGAGACUCAUUUGAACGAAGCACUAAGAGUUGUUGGUGAGAAUGUACAUGCACCUGAUCUGUUGCUGGUUUAUGGACCUAUAAGGAGCCACCUCGGUUUUCCUGCUUGGAGACUUCGAUACACUGAGAUAGUACAUAUGGGAUCUUUGAAGUAUAUGAGAUAUGGUUCCCUUUUGAAGGCAAUUCACAAGUUCACAGGUGUACACCAAAACUAUGGAACUUAAUGGUGAUGAGAGAGCAGAGUUUCAGAGAUCAAUUUUUGGUUUGUAAUCCACACAGUUACCGUUAGUGAAUUUGAAAG